UCGUCCCGCCGUGAUCACACCACACGCAACGCAAGCCUUCGCACCCGAACGCAAGAAAGAGAGAGAGAGAGAGAGAGCACACGCGGCGGGGGAAAAGCAGGAGCGAAGCGAGGGAUCGGGAGGAACAUCGGCGAGGCCAUGGUGCGGCGGGGCACGGAGGCGUUCCCGGACCUGGGCGCGCACUGCGACAGGGAGGACUGCAACCAGCUCGACUUCCUGCCCUUCGACUGCAACGGCUGCGGCAAGGUGUUCUGCACGGAGCACCGCGCGUACGUUGACCACGGCUGCCCGCUCGCGGCCGACAACGGCCGCACCGUCGUCGUCUGCGAGGCCUGCGGCGACUCCAUCGAGCGCGCCGGGUCGGACGAGACGGAUGCGCAGAUCCUCGAGAAGCACGCGCGGUCGCGCCGGGGCUGCGACCCGGCCAGGAAGCUCAAGCCGCGAUGCCCCGCGCGGCGCUGCAAGGAGACACUCACCUUCUCCAACACGAGCCACUGCAAGGAGUGCGGGCAGAAGCUGUGCCUCAAGCACCGGUUCCCCGAGGACCACGGGUGCUCGCGCGUGUCGCCGGUGGGGGCCGCCGCCGCCGCGAGGAGGGCCGGCGACUGCGGCCGCGACGCGCAGAAGACAAAGGACGGCGGUGGGUGGGCGCUGCCGCCGUUGAUCCGGAAUUUCAAUUGAUUACCCUGAAGCUGAAAUUGUGGCUGGGAUUUACGCAAUUCAUGGAACGUUUGUUUUCUCCGGUGUCAUAUUUUCAAUUGUGCACAUUUUGUUGUUGUUAAAUGAAGAAUCAAAUUCAAUUUAUUU